AUGGCCACUAGGGGGAGCGUGCCGCUACAAAUUUUAAAUGACACCUGCGGUGAAAGGACGGGCCGUCCGGGGGCACCACUAGUCGAGGCAAGAGAGGACGUGAGUCGUUCCAGGACGAAGAAGAAGAAGAAGAAGAAGAAGAAGAAGAAGAAGAAGAAGAAGAAGAAGAAGGCGAAGACGAAGUCAAAGACGAAGACGGAGAAAGAAAAGAAGAAGAAGAAGAAGAAGGAAAAGAAGAAGAAGAAGAAGAAGAAGACGACGACGACGCUACAACCAUACCCACAGCCACAGCUACAUCUAAAGCUACAGCUACAACCAUACCCACAGCCACAGCCACAGCUACAGCUACAACCAUACCCACAGUCACAGCCACAGCUACAGCUACAACCAUACCCACAACUAGAAACACAGCUCCAGCUAAACCCCUGUCGCUACAACUACCAGUUCAACCGCGGCUGCGUCUUGACGACUCCAUCGCAUUGCGUACGGACUGCUGUCGUAUCGGGCUUGUAUAGGUAUGUACGGCGUUAUGAGGCGUGCAAGGUUGGCUGUGUUGAAGUUGGCUCGCUGUCGCGUCUGCUACAAUCACUGGAGAAUGCGGAGUACGAUCACGACAGCAUCACGCUGCACAUCUGCAUCGAUGGAGCGAAGGCUGGUGACGAGCUAUCCGGACAUCGACAGACCGUGCGGGUGGCCGAACGAUUCCAGUUCACGCACGGUGAGAAAGUGUUGACAGUGCGCUCGCGUAACGUCGGCGUAACCGCGCAAUGGUUAGACUGCUGGAACCCAGACGACUCUCCCGGCAACUACGGACUGAUACUAGAAGACGAUCUACGUCUCUCACCGUAUUACUACCGGUGGCUGAAAGCCGCCAUUAUCGCCUACAGCGGUCAUCGUGAGGUUGGAGGCGUUACGCUGUCCAGGGAAACAUUAGUAGCUGGAGAAAAGGUCCUGACGCUCCGCGACCCCAUCUGUACGGUUUGUGAGGAUCAGACGGCUUUUCUUUAUCGCUUUUCUUCGACCAGCGGUUACGCUCCCAUGCCGAGUAUGUGGAGGAAAUUCAGACAUUGGAUGCUGACAAUGAUAAAUAUAACUGCAGACACUGAUCCGUUCCUUCCGUAUAUAUCUAGCCAGAAUGUCGUUAUGAAUUCCUGGAUUACUAGGGAUUUUCUUGAUCGGACUCCAAUGACUAUUGAAUACUACCAUUAUUACUUCAUGGCGGUGCACAACAUAUUGACAUUGUAUGCAAAUUUGCCAGCCAACAAUACGUUUGCAUGCGUACGCGAACCUUUCGGAAAAGUACUCAAGACUAGACACACUCCGUGUGGAAAAUGUUAUUUUGUGCCUCUGACAGAAUGGGAUGAGGCGUAUGUGCGAUUACCGCCGAUUCCUGUGCGUCUGGAUUGGAGCGGGUAUCCGGUUUAAAAUCUUGACAAUAAAAAUAAUACUAAACUUCACAAUACUAAAAGCAGUCAUAUUAGUAUAACAAUCUGUUUAGCUCAAAUAUGGAAAAAAAAUCGAGGCAUGUAAUUAAUUAAACAGCAAUUCACUAUGCCCUAAUCAUAACGUCCGUGAUUAUCAUACAUCGUAAUAGUUUUGUUGUUAUCGUUGGGUUUUCGAUUAUAAGUUGGCAUGUAACAUUUUUAGGGAGUAAUAUCAUAGACUAAGUAUAAUAAGACACGACACUUCGGUGAUUUUUGCGUAACCUGGUUUUAGUGGUGCAACCUCAUGUUAGGUGCGUGCUCCUGCUGGAACUCUUAUUGUUAGCAAUAGAAGUUGCUCUGAUAUCAGUGAUAUUUUUUUAAUUAUUUGCAUUUUAUUGAUAAUGAUUCUCAAAAAAAUUUAUAAAAGCUAACAAUUAUAGUUUAGGAUUAUACCUGGUUUUUAUGAUUUUAUUCAUUUAUAUUUAAUCACUAAAAUUUGGAAAGACAUGCAAUAUGCAGGUACAACUUCAGUUACAUGCGUCUAAACAGAGGAAUUGCUCCGACCUGUGAUUGGAGGAUAAAAAUAGAAUUCGUCACGUUUCGUUUCACCGUUCAUAGCCACGCGUGUAUUAGCCCAUGAGCGAUACCGCGCGUGCAUAUUUGCUAAUUAAUUAGACUAAUCAUGUUUCAAUAGACUCAAAAU